AUGUGUGUGUCGAGGUGUCUGCGGUGUGUGGGCGUGUCUCUAGUUCCCAUGGCAAUUGUCUGCAUACUGUCCAACAUCCUGCUGCUGCUUCCUGAGCUGAAGAUCCAGUUCUUGUUGGACGGCCAUGUGACCAGAGAGGCUACCUGGGCCACGGGGCUGUGGGGGUCUGGCUUCCUGGUUCUACUUGGAGCUCGAGCCUUCAUCCAGAGCAGCAGAACCCGAGGCUGCUGUGCAUUCAGGAGUCAGAUGUUGUGCCAGUUGCUGUACUCCUGUGUGUGUCUGCUCUCUGCUGCCUCCUGCUGCCUGGUCAGUGCCACUGGUCUGUCUCAGGGUCCUCUUUGCCUCUAUAAUAGCUCCUCUGGUCCCACCUGGGGGGUCCCACUGCAGCCCCUCCCAGGCCGACACUCAGGGUACUUGUUCAACAUGACUGUGUGGUCUGGGGUCUGUCUAGAGCCCAGUUUGGUGGUCCAGUGGAAUGUAGUUCUGUUCAGUGUGAUGGGGGGUGUCAGCGGGCUGCAGACUCUUCUCUGUGGAGCAAACGUCCUGAACUCCCUGCUGGGCCUGAUCCUGGGUCAGGGCCUUUACCACAACAAGGUCAGUCCAGUUUCAGCUUGA